AUCACUUGCGAUACACACAACAGCACAGUACUAGCACAUCUGUCCUUCUUACGACUACGUUCAGGUAUAUGGGCUGAUUAGUCGAAACGCCGACGGUAAUGGCAUACGAAUAGACGAUCCAUCACGACAACUCGCCACGAAAUUAGAUCAACUCCGACACCAUGGAACCCCAAGACCCCGUACCCGACGUCCCUGCGAAUGGGGACGCAGACAAUGAGGACAAAUUCAGAAUCCGUUUCUUGUUCGCUUCGGGAGAGCGGGAUAUCAUCAGCGCUUUCGAGCCUGAUGCGACCUUUUUCGAGGUAAAGGACAAGGUGCUCGAGGAACAGAGAAAGGGAGAUGUGGAUAUGGAUCGAGUUCAGACGGAGGAGAAGCCGAGGCUGGUCUGGGGAGGAAGAUUGCUGAGAGACGAUGAGGUUUUGAAGGACGUGCUGGUGAACAAUGCAGUCGAGCAUUCUAUGAUCGUAGCAGCUUCUACAGAAAGGGAACCCCUCGUGCCAGUUCGCAAGAUAGCUACCAGACAACGAACUCCGAAACCUCGGCCACCAUCUAUCGAUAGGAGGAAUAGUCCAACCUCUUCAACCACCUCACCUGGAUCGCAACCACAGCCGUCACAACCGGAAAUGCGAACAGGAACGCAGGCUUUUGAAGCCUCGGUCGCUGGACUCCGCGAGGGGGCCACCAUGUCGAACCUCGUCUCCCGGGUCCAAACUUCAGCUCUCAACCCUCAACCUGUUCUCAUCCCUAACCCCGGAUACAUCGCCGCGUAUGAGACGCUCUUCUUCUACACCUUCUUGGCUACGAACGAGAUCUACCUCUUUGCCGGAGAACCCGAGUUGGGAUGGUACGACAUGCGCCCGGCCCCUCUUUUCCCAGUUGAAAAGGUCAAGGAGGCUGCCGAGGCGUUCUUGAAGAUCAAUGGGAUCAGGAGGGAUGGGACUCUGGGGGAGGAGAUGGAGCCGAUCGAGAUCGUGGAUGCGGCGAGCAAGGAAGAGAGGGAGGGGGAGGAGAUGUUGAAGGAUACGGAAAAGAAGAAGGACGUGGAAGGGGACGAGUAUAUCGAGGUCGAGGUCAACGGCCUGCCGUACAAGAUGAUGCUCCCCGAACCAUCUUACAUCACCGCCGAGCAGAAACGAGCCCUAGGCCGAUACUGCGCUCGUCGACGCAUGAUCAAAACGCUUCAAGAACUUCUCGUCGCUACCCCUCUUUACGCUCCGUAUACAACCAGGACGGUCCGGAUUACCGCCCAGACCGCCACGUCCCCCCGAGGUUGGAUCGCUUUUAGGCGGGGUUACUUCAUGUUCCGCAUCCCCAUGCCCGAUUUCUUCUUGAUCUUCGCCAUCUGGGUUUCGGCCUUUUGGUCAUUGAUCAAGGUUGGGACGGUGCUCUACAUGUUCACGCGAGGGAUCCCGAGGGACGACCCGAAGUUCCUCUGUCUUGCGGGUCUGGCCGUUGGGUGGUGGAUCUGGGAUUGUGGAACCCAUUUGAGGAGGGCGAGGGCUUCUCGACGACGAGCGAGAGAAGCGGAGAGGGCCAGAGUUAGGGCCGCAAGGGGGGCCGCACCAGGAGGUCAAGGUCGAGCUCGGCACAGGGAAGCUAGACCGGCCAAUGGGAAUACACCCACUCGAAUAGCUCGACCUCACUCGGGAGGACGAGCAGCGAGGUUCAGAGCGUUCUGGAUCAAUAUCGGGAUCGCGUAUGAUCGGAGGGUCUUGCGGUUGUUCUACUAUACCCCUGAAGGGAACGGAAGCAGUCGGACGGCGCCCUUGGAGGUGAACGAUAGGAGGAUUCCCGGGAGCGAUGAGAAUCUCCCGCAUCCGCCUCCCCCGCCUUCGGCUUUCUGGAGGUUGUUCUGUCUGCCCUUGAUCCUCUUCUUUGCGACUAUGGUUCCUGCGCUGGAUACCGGUCGUCGCUCGGCGAUUUUGGAACGCGAACGACAUAUGCGUCUUUUGGUCGAAAAGUUGACCAAGGAGAAGACGGCCAAGGAGGCGGCGUUGGAGGCAAAGCGAAAGGAGGAUGAUGAAAAGGCCGCUGAACAGGCAUCGAAGUCGGAAUCGUCUCAAACGGCGGGCUCUUCGGCUGUUCCUCCGGAUUUCUUUAGCGAGGCAGCUUAUAGAGCGGCUCGGGAGGCUACAAUCCCUAGUCAAGACUCCCCUGAAGCUAGUGGCAGCAACGAGGCACCCGGAACCGACAAUUCCGAGCCUACGGCUGAGACCACCGGGUCACAGCAACCUCUGGACGGUCCUCAAUCGGACCAACCCACUCCUCAGACCGAUGUCGCUUCGGACCAAGCUACGGUCUCGCCGUCCCCUAUCAUGCCUCGAUUUCUCUGUGCGGAAGCCAUUGCGUACUACCGUCGCAUCAUCGGUACGACUGAGCGUAUUGAUUGGGAAGCGGAACGACAAGCUCAAGCAGCUCUGUUGGCCAACAACGGUGGUGGCGCGAACAAUGACGGAGCCGAAGGUGCUGCAGCGCUAGUGGCAGGGGACGAGCAGGUUGCGCCCGUAUUUUAAGCCACAUCGUGGUUCUGCAACAGCUCUGCAGCCAUGGUCUGCUCUCGUCACGUCGAUCUAAACAUGCAUAUUCUCGCCAGACGCCUGGUUUAAUCUCCAUGUAGCCAUCGCAAAUGAUCUAUCGUCAACUUGAAUAGACUAUCGUCAACUUGAAUAGACAGUUCAAGUACGUCUUCCGCUCCCGCCUUUUUUACUUUGUCCUCGUCAUUUGUUCGCUCGGAGCGGAGAGCAUGCCUUCGUGACCAUCCAAGUGAUUCAAAUUACCUUUG